UUUUUGGUCAGUCGUUACAGCUAAAACGUUAUAGUUUUCAAACGGAGCGUCAUGUUUGAAUUACAAACACUGCUUAAAUUUAUAAUUUAAAUACUUUAUGUAUCCAAGAGAUUUGUGAGCUUGUUAUUAUAAAGUGAUAUUGUGAUAGUAUUAUCGAUAAUUUUUUGCUAUGGCGUCAGUAGAGGCUAGAUUGAGUAAACUCCGUGAAGAACGCAUAGCUAGAGAGAAGGCAAGGAUUGAAAAGUUACGGGAACUCAAUUUGAAGAAAUAUAAUGGUGGGGUUCAACCGACGAGCUCGUCAUCAUCUUCAUCGGUCGCAAGCACCAAAUUAACUAACGGUCCCACCAAAAAUGUUACAGCGGUCAAAAAUGUUGCUCAUAUAAAUGGGUCCAUCAAAAAGCCAGCUACAAAUAAGACCGUGAACUAUGUGAAAGCAAACAAAAAUGUUAUAAGUCACACAAAAAAUAAGAAUACUAGCUCAGUUAAUGGAAUCAAAGGUAAAUUGGACGGUAUCAAUGAUAUCAAACCUAACAUGACCGAUGACAACAAAUUUAAUAUCAGAAAGAAAAAUCCUCUCCAAGAAAUCGUCCUUAACAAAGAUGGUAAAAUACCUAAGAUUACUGUGCAGAAAGCUGGAGACGCUAAACAGCAAAAAACAGCAAAAAAUAUUACAAAUGACAGCAAAAAAACUAUGAAAAAUGAAGGUAAAAACGAACCGGUGACUAAUAAGAGAGAAUCUGUGUUUGAUAGAUUAUAUAAACCGAAAAUAAUACAGAAAGAGACGGUGAACAAUGUGUUGAAACUACACACGGAUCCAGGUUAUCUGAACAAAGUCAUCAAGGAUUCUAAAAUGAUUACCAGCAGGAGGCACACCACGUUUGAGAAACAGGUGCCAGUUAGGCGGUCCAUAUCAGCGGUACAUUUCAAGAGGAUCCGUAAGAGCGAGCUACCAAAAUGCGUCCACAAAUGGGCUUCCAUCGGUGAAAAGAUUGACAAAACUCACUUGGAAGACAUAAACGAAGACGCUGACUGUGAUAGCAAGGAGAAAAUAGUCUCCGCUGUGAAAAGCGAGAGGAAGAAGGUGAAGUUCCAAACACCAAACAGCUUUAACACUCCACGACCUGACGAAUUGCAGUCUAGACUAGUAUCCUGGCUACAGAGACGUGGCAAGUCUGUGGAGUCGUACCACCACUUGCAGUGCUUCGGCGUGCACCACUUGCCGAAACCGGCUUUGAACUUCGACGCGAGCAAACUUGAUUCUUACGACGAUGACGAUAAAGAAAAUAUUGCUCUGGAUCACGACAGUGACAACGAAUCCUUCCACAACAAUAUGAACAAUAGGAAUUGUGACGCAGUUAAUGAGAAUAAAGUUGAAUUUCCCGUGGACAAGUGGCGGAGGGCGAGCUACUUCAGUGACAGCGUCGACCUGAACGAUACCAGGGAGACCAAUACCUCGUGCGGGACGGUUCAUCAUCAGGACGAGCUGCUGCUUGGGGCGCUGAAUGACCUCACAGAACUACUGCGAGAGGGUUUCGAAUGGGAGCAAUGCGCUCGUUGGUUGCGCGCUAUACGUGAACAGUUCCCUGGUGCGUCAGACACAGCAGCUUAUUGGGAGUGUAGGGCGGCGCUAGAGGAGCGACGUGGAGAUCUACCCGCGUCACUACACUGCUGGGAACAGGCUGUAGCGAGCGGCACGAAGGAGUCUGUAGCCGAGGCCAAUUUGGACAAUUUGCUUGACAAAUUUAUGCAGCUGAAGAUAAGUCCUACCAGCGGUAAAACACAGAUGGACCCCAAGCUAGUUGAUGUGAAAAGUGUCUUCAAGAGCACCAUCAUACGUUUCGGAGUACAACAGGCUAAGUUACGUCAGUCAACAGACCCGGUCAGGUACACAGUUACCCCAGUCCGACGGAGUGCAAGACUAAGUGUGUGUAGGCACACCCCGUUGCGUGUAUGUUCAACACUAAAGGAGGCUUCAGAAAUUGGACCGAUUGAAUUUGUUCCUAAUAAGGCACUCGUCAAGACCCCGUAGUGUUUAUCUAACUGAGCAUAGAUUCGAGGUCCAUAUACACACCAAUCACAUCAAGACGUGUCUGUCGUAAAAAAGUUACAUUUUAAUAGUUUCAGACUUAUUAUCUUUAUAUCUAUUUGGUACUUUUAAUAUUGGGAUAAUAUGUUUUUAGAAUGUCCUAUAGGAAUCUUAACUAACAUAGGAUUCGGACUAACAUAGAGAAAUAACUAUUACUUCUAAAUAUAAUAAUAUUCACAGAACAGUUAAUAUAUUAUUAAAUUUGAGUUAAUUUAAACCGUAGCAUAAAUAUUAACCUUCAUUUUUGUUUAAGAGAUUGUCAUCACAUAACUUAUACAUUACAUCCUGUUUAACCGACUGUGGUUGGAAAAAUACAAGCCAGAAUUAUGUAAUUGUUACCUAUGUAUCUAUUGUAACUAUGCUUGUAUUUUUAGAUAACAUUUAAAUGAAGCUACUUUGAACUCAACUAUCUCUAUCCCUCUCUCUCUCUCUCUACACAUAUAUAUAUAUAUAUAUAUAAAUAUAUAUAAAAUAGUUAACUGUGAGAUAAAUUUUAAAGUAGUUUUGUUUUAAAUUGAUUAAACUAUAAAACAUACCAACAAACUGAUAGUAUUAAUACAAGUUUGUCAGAAAAACUACGUACAGAGAGUUUGUCGGUUACGUUCACUAAUCUAUGUGAAGUUUUGUAUAUGAAAAUAAUGUGUCUGUAUAUAAUCUGACCGUUCAAACUUGUAGGAAACAACUGAAGAAGGAUUUGUCUGACAAUUGAACUUAGACAGCAAUGAAGGAACUUGCCAUAUAUAUUGUUUUUUUUUUUUAAACAACUUAAGCAUUAACCUAAAGAGAUACUACUUAAAAAUUAUGACGAAAAAAAUUAUAAUAUAUUAAUUAUUUUACGUAAAUCAUGAUGAUAUUAGCUGCUUAGUUGGAUUCCGGACAUUAAAUUCAAUAUUACAUAUAAAUGAUUUAGACUUGUAUAUUUUUUAAUUUAAUUUAGUUAUUGAUAGCUCGGUAUGUUUUUUAUGCUAUGGCUUCACUCGCACUGGUCUCUCGGAAUAUUUUGCCAAUGUCAGAUUUUUUUAUUUGUGACAUUUGUUAGAAUUUCGUUUUGUAAAUAAUUUAAAAUGCAGUUAAAGAUAAAAUUAACUGAUGGCAUGUAAAUUACGCUUUUUUUUUUUGCUAUUGAUUUUGUUGCUGGUACGAUUAACUAUAGUAUGCCAAAAAGUUUUUAUAUGUACGCCCGUGGUUUGUCGAUUGUCUGUAUAAAAUAUUAUGAAUAAAAUUAUUUGUAAAUAA